UUCCCUUUCGUGGUUUCCGUCAAUCCUCAUCACACUCUCCUUUUUCUAUUUCUCUCACAACCUCUUUCGCUUUCUCUCUCUAAAAAUCCCUAAAACCAGAUCUCACUUUCUCUCUCUACGAUUCAACAAUGGCGGCCGCUCCCACUCCUCGGGAAGAGAACGUUUACAUGGCUAAGCUAGCCGAACAAGCCGAACGCUACGAAGAAAUGGUUGAAUUCAUGGAGAAAGUUUCCGCCAACGCCGAUAACGAAGAACUCACGGUGGAGGAAAGGAACCUUCUCUCGGUGGCUUAUAAGAAUGUUAUCGGAGCUCGCCGUGCCUCAUGGCGUAUCAUUUCAUCGAUCGAGCAGAAAGAAGAGAGCCGCGGUAACGAGGAUCACGUCACCGUCAUCCGUGACUACCGAUCUAAGAUCGAAUCUGAGCUCUCUAACAUCUGUGACGGUAUCCUCAAGCUUCUUGAUUCUCGUCUCAUUCCUUCUGCUUCCUCUGGCGAUUCCAAGGUUUUCUACCUCAAGAUGAAGGGAGAUUAUCACAGGUACCUCGCUGAGUUCAAGACCGGAGCUGAACGUAAGGAUGCUGCAGAGGCUACUCUCGCCGCUUACAAAUCUGCUCAGGACAUUGCAAAUGCUGAAUUGCCUCCAACUCAUCCAAUUAGGCUUGGCCUUGCUCUGAAUUUCUCCGUUUUUUACUAUGAAAUUCUUAACUCUCCUGAUCGUGCUUGCAACCUUGCAAAACAGGCUUUUGACGAAGCAAUUGCUGAAUUGGAUACCCUUGGAGAGGAAUCAUACAAGGAUAGCACUUUGAUCAUGCAACUUCUUCGCGAUAACCUCACCCUAUGGACCUCUGACAUGCAGGAUGAUGGUGCCGAUGAAAUUAAAGAAGCAGCCCCAAAACCAGAUGAACAGCAGUAAACAAAUUUUACUGCCAUUCAUGUCUGUUGCUAAUCUCUUUGGGUGCUGAGAUUUUAGGCAUUCACGUCUGUUAUGAAUUCUGGAUGUCCUGGGCUGUUUUAGUUUGUCCUUCCAUUUUUAAGCGUUUUACAAAUUAUUGCCUAUUUUCUUGAGGACACUGAAGUUUUAUUAUAUGGAAUUGAAAAUUUAAGAUUCUCUUUCUAGUUUA